AUGUUGAGACAACUUCAGGUAUAUCUGAAAGGGGGAAAGCAGAAGUUGACUCAAGAACAGGUCAACAUGACAGAGAAAGAGGAGACCGUAGAACCGUCGAAGAUUCCACCCAAAAUGAAAGAUCCAGGGGAAUUGAAAAUCGCUUGCACCAUUGUUGGGUUGAAAAUCCCACAUGCUUUAUGUGACUUAGGAUCAAGCAUCAAUGUCAUGCCAUUGAGAAAAUUUAAGGAAUUGGAGAUAACAAAAAUCAUAUCGAGCAACAUGACACUCACUUUGGCUGAUUCAUCUAUGACUCGUUCGUUGGGUAUUAUACAAGAUGUUCUAGUUCACAUUGAUGGUUUGACCUUCCCCACAUACUUUGUGGUGAUUGACAUGAAAAAUGAUUCAGAAGGGUCAGUGAUUUUAGGGCGCUCAUUCUUGGGAACCAGGAAGGCAAAAAUAGAUGUGGAGACAGGUGAAUUGAUUUUUAGGUUUAAUACGGAGAAUGUUGUGUUUAAUGCAUAUCGAUGGACAUCAUAUGUGGAGGGUCUUGAGACAUGUUAUCAAUUGAAAGAGAAAGGUAGUGAAGUUCACAAGAGAAUGAAAAAAGGAAUUUUCUUCGGCGUGAGGAUUGUAAGUUUAGCACUUUAG